CCUGGUGCCACCGCUAUGCCGACGCGCGCGCUGCUCCUGGCCGCGCUGGCUGCGCUGGCGCUGGCCCGGGAGCCCCCAGCGGCGCCGUGUCCUGCGCGCUGCGACGUGUCGCGGUGCCCGAGUCCCCGCUGCCCCGGCGGCUACGUGCCCGAUCUGUGCAACUGCUGCCUUGUGUGCGCGGCCAGCGAGGGCGAGCCGUGCGGCCGCCCUCUCGACUCGCCCUGCGGGGAGAGCCUGGAGUGCACGCGGGGCGUGUGCCGCUGCCGCUGGGCACACGCUGUGUGCGGCACCGACGGGCACACCUAUGCCAACGUAUGCGCGCUGCAGGCGGCCAGCCGGCGCGCGCUGGAGCUCUCGGGGACCCCCGUGCGCCAGCUGCAGAAGGGCGCCUGCCCAUCGGGUCUCCACCAGCUGACCAGCCCGCGGUACAAGUUCAACUUCAUUGCGGACGUGGUGGAGAAGAUCGCGCCGGCCGUGGUCCACAUAGAGCUCUUCCUGAGACACCCUCUGUUUGGCCGAAACGUGCCCCUGUCCAGUGGCUCGGGCUUCAUCAUGUCAGAGGCUGGCUUGAUCGUCACCAACGCUCAUGUGGUGUCAAGCACCAACGCUGUCUCUGGCCGGCAGCAGCUCAAGGUGCAGCUCCAGAAUGGUGACAGCUACGAGGCCACCAUCAAGGACAUUGACAAGAAGUCGGACAUCGCCACCAUCAAGAUCCACCCGAAAAAAAAGCUGCCGGCACUGCUGCUGGGCCGCUCAGCAGACCUUCGGCCCGGCGAGUUCGUGGUGGCCAUCGGUAGCCCCUUUGCCCUGCAGAACACCGUGACCACGGGCAUCGUCAGCACGGCCCAGCGGGAUGGCAAGGAACUGGGCCUCCGGGACUCAGACAUGGACUACAUCCAGACGGACGCCAUCAUCAACUACGGGAACUCCGGGGGACCACUGGUGAACCUGGACGGUGAGGUCAUUGGCAUCAACACGCUCAAGGUGGCAGCUGGCAUCUCCUUCGCCAUCCCCUCAGACCGCAUCACGCGCUUCCUCGCAGAGUUCCAGGAUAAGCACGUCAAAGAUUGGAAGAAGCGAUUCAUCGGCAUACGGAUGCGGACCAUCACAUCGAAUUUGGUGGAAGAACUAAAGGCCAGCAAUCCAGACUUCCCAUCGGUCAGCAGUGGGAUUUACGUGCAAGAGGUUGUUCCAAACUCACCUUCUCAGAGAGGGGGAAUCCAAGAUGGCGACAUCAUCGUCAAGGUCAACGGGCGCCCUCUGUCAGACUCGAGCGAGCUGCAGGAGGCCGUCCUGACCGAGUCCCCUCUGCUGCUGGAGGUGCGGAGGGGCAAUGAUGACCUCCUGUUCAGCAUCGCGCCAGAGGUGGUCCUGUGAGCGUGGGACCCCACGUCACUGAGUGCCAGAGCCUGCAGUCUGGGACAGGUGCCAGCCCAGAGGUCCCAUCCAGAGCUGCUGCCUCCCACAGGGUCAGGACGAAGGACCACGGACGGUCCUCAACAGAGCCGGUGGCCUCCUUCUGGCUGUCCAGGGGCAGAGUCACAGGCAGGGUUUGGCCAGGGACCCACCUCAGCCUUCGGGAAAGUUGGCUUCCAGAUCACAGUACCACGGGGCAGCCGGAUGUCCCCCUCGUACAGAUGCUCCUGAGGGCCACCUUCCAAGUGCCCGGGAUAUCUCGAAAAUUCCUCUGGAGCUCC